AUGCGGCCACAGGAGGCCAGGGAUACCCUCCCUCCGUCCGUCCGUCUCGGGGCCGCGCUGGAGCCGAUCAGGGACGUUCACCAGGGCCUGUCCCCUCCGGAGGCCGGCCCGGCCCGGCUGGCCCUGCUGUCCGGCCACUACCUCUACUACCACUACGGCUGCGACGGCCAGGACGACCGCGGCUGGGGCUGCGGCUACCGGACCCUGCAGACGCUGUGCUCGUGGCCCCGCGGCCGGGCCGCGGCCGUCCCGAACCUGGAUGACAUCCAAGCCGCGCUGGUGGCCCUGGGGGACAAGCCGCCCGCCUUCCGGGGCUCCCGGGACUGGAUCGGCUGCGUGGAGGCCGCCCUGUGCCUCGCCCGCUUCGGGGGUCCGCGGGCCCGGCUGCGACACGUGCCGCGGGGCGGGGGGCUGCGGCCCGAGCUGGACGCCCUCCGUGCCCACUUCGAGGGGGGCGGCGGCCCGGUCAUGGUCGGGGGCGACGCCGACGCGGGGGCCAAGGCCCUGCUGGGGGUCUGCCUGGGGACCGGGCCCGUGCCCGCCGCCCACGUGCUGGUCCUGGACCCCCACUGCUGGGGGGACCCGGGCGGCCGGGCCGGGGCGCAGGCGGCCGGCUGGGUCCGCUGGCAGGACGUGGGAGACGCCUUCGACCCCGCGUCCUUCUACAACCUCUGCCUGACCAGCUGGCCGCCUGAGCCCGGCCCACCUGAGGACGGAAGAUGCCAGGCUAGGUCCCCGUGAUAGACCCUCCCUCCCUGGGCCUACAGACAAUAAAAACUGCCGGAGUCCCUGCAGCCCUGCCAG